UGCUCAUCUCUGUCGUCUCAACUGAGACCCUGCCAGAAGUAGCUUCAGAUGAUAUGGUUUCUUUGUCCGCUUGUUAUUCAAGUGAGAUCUAAUUUUCUCUUCCUUCAUUCCUUCUCUCUGUCUUUCAUCAAACUCUUUAUUUAUUCCAAUCUCCACCAGAUCCAACCCUAAAAAAAAACCCAUCACCCCCAAACCCUUCUUUGAUGAUUAUCACAAGCCUCCAUUUCUCUCUCUCUCUACAUCGUCUUCCCCAUGCAUGAAUUCAAUCAAUUGACCAUCUUUACCUUUGCCAAAGGAAACUGAAACAAAAAAGAAAAAAGGAAAUCCUUGAAACAAACCAACCCACAGUAUCAUUUUUGUUUUUCUGGUUUCCAUGAUGUCUCAUGAUAAUCCCAGUGCAAAACCAGAUGCUACCAAGAAAGAAAACCAAAGCAGUGGCAACCGGAAAACAGGUUCGACAAGGCAGCCGCAAGACCAGCAAGCGGCCCCAAAGUGUCCACGAUGUGACUCUCCCAACACCAAAUUCUGCUACUUUAACAACUACAGCCUCAGCCAACCCAGGCAUUUUUGCAAGACUUGUAGGAGGUACUGGACCAAAGGUGGGGCUCUGCGUAACGUUCCGAUCGGUGGCGGUUGCCGUAAGAACAAGAAGCUGAAGUCAUCUUCAAGGCUUUCGGGUGACUACAAGGACUCGUCUUUGGAGAUGGGUGAGUUGAAGUUCUUUCAUGGCCUUUCUCCUGCCAUAGAUUUUCAGCUCAGUGGCUUGUCGUUUCCUAGACUCGAUCCCUCACCGGCUACUGGUACUUAUAACCAGUUUUCUUCAUUUGGAGAUAGUACUAGUAGCCCUUCUUUCAAUCUCGAUCCAGCUGGUAACUCCACCUCUUUGACGGGGUUUAACAAUUAUCCAUUAUCUUCAGUUACCAGUGGCCUUAGUGGUGCAAUUCAGGAGAUGGGUUCGUUGAACGUUAGUAGUGGCCUCGCUUCUUCAAUUGAGUCUUUAAGUUCCAUAAACCAAGAUUUACAUUGGAAGUUGCAGCAACAAAGAUUGGUUAUGCUUUUCGGUGGAGAGAAUCAAAAGGAAAACAGCGCCACUGUUUCUUCCGUUCCAGUUGAGAUUAACGAAGCAGAAAGGCUUCAACCCAUUUUGUUCCAGAAUCUGGAGAUUUCUAAACCUGAAAUAUCAGCAGCUGGGAAUCAAAGAAAAGGCACGAGCAAUGAAACCGCCACGGAAUGGUUCUUUGGGAAUUCUUAUGCACCGGUAACUCCGACUCCGACCACUAGCGGCAAUGGCAAUGAUAACGCAACAACAAGCAACUGGAAUGGGGUUCAAGCAUGGAAUGAUUUGCAUCAUUACAGCACGUUACACUAAAAAGACGAUCAAAAAAGGUACACCGCCUUAAAGGGAAGAUAUGAAAGAAGAAAAGAAAACAG